CACCGCACCGCACAGCACAGCGCGACACAACGCCAUCAUUGCCAGCGCCUCCUCUCGAGGCCGACCGACCGACGACACGCGAUUCACGAAGAUACGAGCGACCCUUUGGCCGGAGUGUCGGGUGCUCAGCGACAACAUCCGUCUGAUGAGGAGAGAAGGUGUGACUGGCCAGUGAGGAGGAACGGCCGUCCGCGGCUGUGGUUUGCGGGCAAGGCCCUCGCCCCGUCAGCAUCAAGCGACCCCUCUGCUCCAGGCAAGGCGAGAUACGUGAAGCAGCAGCAUCGGCAUCAUGUCCUAUCCAUUGCAGGCACAAGCGCCGAAGCAGCCCUCGUACCCGCCAUAUGGAGCGUCCGCCAACUCUCCGCCCGGCCAGACGCCCUUCGCGCCGCCCGCGAAGCGACAGCGACUCUCACCGGACCCGCGCUCGCCCACGAACAGUAGUCCAGUAUACGCGCAAACGCCCGUCUAUGGCAAUUAUGGCCAUUCACCUGUGCAAUCGCCGUACAGCCAGCCGUACACUUCACCACAAGGUUCCUUCAACACACCACAGCAGUACUCGCCGCCUGCGCAACAAUGGCCGCAGCAGCCGCAGCAAACACCGUAUCCACCUAUUCAGCAGCGGCCGAGCCAGAUCAGCCCACCUCCACCGUCUCAGUCCCAUCUCAUGCCUCCUCCGCCACGACCGAAAGAAGACAAGGACGAGAAGAUCGGAGUCGAUGACAUUGGCGAUAGUCUGUUUGGCAGUGGUAUCAAUCUCAAGGAUGAGGAGAACUAUCUGCACAAUACGUGGAACAACAGGCACUCACACAGUGAGAGCUUUCCAACAAAUAUGUCAACCUCGUUUGGGUCGAAUGGCUCCAGUGGGAACAACAGUUAUGGCUAUCUGACUCAGGGCAUGUCUUUCGGUAGCCAAGGGCAAAACGGUACACUCGCUGGCACCAUGGGAGCGCCAUUAUCACAAGAAGCCAUCGAGAAUGAGGCGAAGAGGAGGCGAGAACAGGCGGCGCGAAGGCUUGCGGAGCAGCAGCAGUAUCACUUGAAUAAUCAAUAUUUGCAAGGCAACUGCGUGAGGAAUCGUAUGCACCUAAGGGCUCAGGAGAGUGGCGUCCGGCUGGAUAUUAACGGUGUCUACGUAAGGGACCCAGGAGUCCAACCACAGCCACAGGUUAUGGUCAACGGGGAUGGCACAUCAGGCAUUGCGGUGGUCAAGAACAAGCCAGAAGCCAUGAUCGAGUCGGGUGUAGCCUAUGAGCACAUGAUCACGCUGCUGAGUUUGGCUGCCCAGGAGCGUAUGCGGGUUCUAGUAGAUGAUUCGUACGGCCUAGCACGCGCGAGGCGGUACGGUGAUCAUGGCAGAGUCGUUCCAGUCGACUUUGCAGAUAUCUCGUUUGGGCCAGGUCAGAAAAGCCAGGAGACUGUUGUGUCCGAGAGCGUGACGGGUUCACAGUGGGACAAGCCUACGGCGACUUCUAAUGGAGAUGCGAACGGCGAGGCGCUUACGAAUGGUGUGAAGUCCACCCCGUCGCCUGGGCCAAUGCAGACUGUUGCAUACCAGGGCAGUCUCAACAUUAAGCUUCGCGAGCUCGCCGAAAGCGACAUGCGGGCAGAGAAGGAGCGAUUGCGGAAGCGGGAGGCCCGACGACGCAAAGCGGAGAUUGGUGACGGCACAGCGCCCAUAGAAGCUGCUUCCGAUGCGCCCGUCGACACAUCUGCCACAGCUGCGCCCGUGAAGCCGCUAACCAAGAAGGAGAUAAGCAAGAAGAACAAGGAAGCAGCAGCUCACACCGAAGCGCAAGCUUUGAACCAAUCCAACCAAACGGCAGCCAUGAUGGCUCUCGGCGGCAAGAAGAACAGGUAUUCUUGGAUGAGUGGAGGUAGCGCAAACGUCCCAACGAAUCGCUUCGCCAAACCUGGCAGCGGCACUGCUACGCCGAAAGGACAGCCAGAACCAUCGAAAGGCCCUGCAGAGGCAAAGCAGGCUGAGGAGAAGAAGGCACCAACGUGGGGUGACUGGCGAGAGGAUGAUGUUCAUGGCAAAGGCAUCGAGUUGCGUGACCUCAUCUUGGUCCUGGAGCGAGAUGGCAAGGACAGGCGAUCACUGGCGAAGGCGAUGAGGAAAUUGCCUUUGAUUGCGAAGUAGUGUGGGCUCAAGCUGAAGCGUUGAACGCCGAUCGAUACGCUUGACUAGUGGCGAUAGGAUAGGACCGAACCAUACGCAAUCGAUCGCCUUGAUCGCAUCCAUCCUAACUCCUAAGUAAGACUUGGAGAGGCGCGGAGGUGCAAAUCGAGAAGAUGCGCAUGUUGGCUUGGUUGGCCAUCGAAGCUCAAGCAUUUUGCAUGAGCUUCCUAGCAGGCGCUUUAGUGUGUAUAAUCAGAAUCAGAUUCUUCGAAGGAGCCACUGGCAGGGAGGAAUUCUCUGUGACUAGUUUUCGAGCGAGGCGUUAUUUGGUAGUGAAGAGACUGUUACGAGGCCCAGCAGGCUUCACAUGGGGGGACAUCAAGUCUUCAAAUAUGGUUUUAACUGCCAGGCUUGAAAAGAGAGGUCAAGUAGCCUUCGAAAAAUGAAAAUAUGGAUAUAUUUG